AUGAAGCUAAAGCUAAUGACAAGGAAUAUUGAGAAGCUCAAAGAUACUUUGACGCUUAUAUCUCAUCUACGAAAGUUUGUGAUACUUAAAAUUACACCAAAAGAACUCAAUGUCAUUCUGGUAAACAGUGGAUCGGUCAAUCUGGAGCCCCAAGUGUGGUGCAAGUUAAACACUUCACAGCUAUUCGAGAGCAUGGAAAUACUGAGUAUGCGAGAUAAUACCAUACUGAUGGAAAUAAACAUAGACUUGCUACUACAAACAUUGAGAAACUUUGAUAAAGCCAAUAGUGAGGGGUUGAAUAUAAGACUACAACGGACAGAUGCGAGUGGUGAGCAAGGAACAAGCACAAAGAAUGGACGAACGGCGUCGUUGGCUCUAUUUUACUCGAAUAUCAACGUUAACUCCAACGUCAUUAACCAUACAUUUAAAAUACCCGUAAAGAUCUUGAAAGAAGCUCAAGAUUUCUUUCACGAACCCUCGCAUUCCGAUGUUGGGCUUAUAGUGAGACUACCGAACGAAUUUGUCACGAUAUUCAAGCGUUUGGAGAAAUUCAAAAAGACAUCUUUCAAUGAUAUUGUUGCCAUACAAGCGAGUAAUAGAGACGAUGGGAGCUUAAAAUUUGUUUUGGAAGACGAUGGCAAAUUUAAAGUAACCGUGAGUUGGAAGACAAAGUUAGAGUUUCAUAAGCCAACGGUAACUGAUGCUGAUACCUUUCGUGAAUCGUUGAAAAAUGUUGACACGAUGGUCCUGGAAAACUCUGACCUUUGGAGUCCGGAAGCAGUGAAUAUCAAGGUCAAAUUGAAGGACUGGCAGCUGGCAUCAAAGAUUGUAGGACGAUGCAAGACGGUAAUUUUGUGUGUAGGACAUCGAAACUGUAGUCUUCACUGUUUACUAGAUGAGACUGAGGAUGUUGAACUAGUCUACUUUAUAAACGGUGUGAGGAGUUUGUAA